AUGUAUAUCCUACCCCUCCUCGGUUACAUUGGGCUGGUCAUGGGCUUCGGGUUUCUCACCCUGUCCAUCGCUUCCGGCCUGUAUUACCUCUCCGAACUCGUCGAAGAACACUCCGUGCUGAGCGCCAGGUUACUCCGACGGUUGAUCUACGUGGUCGUGGUGGUACAGGUGCUUCUCUGGUUGGUCGACGGGUUCCCCUGGUACCUCACCCUCUUGGGGGUCGUCAGCCACGGUGUCUACGCGACCAACCUGCGACACUUCCCGAUAGUCAAACUCUCCGACCCCUUCUUCGUCGCGAGUUGCGGUCUGGUCAUCCUCAACCACUGGAUGUGGUUCCGGCACUUCAGUCAACCUGGGGGGGGUUAUCGCGGGGUCCCGAGCAGCAGGCGCGAUUGGUAUUCGACGCCCGUCUACGAUCAACCCACCUUCACCGAGAUCGCGUCCUACUUCGGCCUCUGUGUUUGGCUGGUGCCGUUUUCUCUGUUCGUCAGUCUGAGCGCGGGAGAAAACGUCCUACCCAGUAUGGGUUCGGAAUACGCGACCGGUGAAAGACAAGGGGUGGGAUUCCAAAAGGGACACAAGCGACGGAACACUGGGAUGGCAAAGGCCGCCGUCAACGGUGCAAGAGAUUGGAUGAAUGAAACGGGCGCGGUCAUGGGUCUGUGGCAUGCUGAAAAUGUGCGGUCCGCAAGAGGUUUCGAUUGA